AUGCCCCCACCCAGCGACGAAGCACUGCGUGCCGUAACCAAAAUCCCCGGCAAUGGAAUCGGACCGCUAGUCACGAAUGCUGUCGAGAAGGUGAUGGAGGCGAUGCAGGCGCCGGUCUACUUCGAGAAGUACGAUGUCACCGGCAACAUGCCGAGGGUGCCAGAGGAGGUGAUUGAGUCGAUCAGGAAGAACAAGAUGUGUUUGAAAGGCGGGCUGGAGACGCCAAUGGGCGGGGGCGUUAGCUCGCUGAACAUGCAGCUCCAGCGAGAUCUCGAUCUCUAUGCUUCGUUGGUCAACUACUUCAAUCUGCGUGGCUUACAGACCAAGCAUGGCUUACAGACCAAGCAUGGCAACGUCGACAUUCUGGUGAUCAGGGAGAACACCGAGGGUGAGUACUCGGGGCUCGAGCACGAGAUCAUUCCUAGAGUUGUUGAAAGCCUUAAAGAAUCUGUUUAG